UCUGUUGAUAGAGGUGGCCUCAGCAAUAUGCUGUUUCAGUGCUCGCUACCUGAUACCAUUGAGACAGUUGCAGAUGAACCACGGAAAGUUCUCCUGCGCUUGUAUGGUGCCAUCCUGCAGAUGAGGUCCUGUAAUAAAGGAGAGUCUGUACAGUCUCAGGAGGAGAAUGGCUUGCAAGGGGCAGAAGCCAUGGUUCUGGAAAGUGUUAUGUUUGCCAUUCUUGCAGAGAGAGCUCUUGGCCCAAAGCUGUAUGGAAUCUUUCCACAAGGGCGACUGGAGGAAUUCAUUCCCAGCAGGAAACUAAGUACUGAAGAACUAAGCUUACCUGACAUAUCUGCUGAAAUAGCUGAGAAGAUGGCUAGAUUUCAUGGCAUGAGAAUGCCGUUUAAUAAAGAACCAAAGUGGCUUUUUGGAACAAUGGAAAAGUAUCUAAAUCAAGUGCUGAGGAUUAAAUUUACCAGGGAAUCCAGAACUAGAAAACUGAACAAACUCCUGAGUUACAAUCUCCCCCAGGAAAUGAAAAAUCUAAGAGCUCUGCUUGAAGCUACUUCCUCACCAGUCGUAUUUUGCCACAAUGACUGUCAAGAAGGUAAUGUCUUGCUUCUGGAAGGCAGAGAGAAUUCAGAAAACCAAAAGCUGAUGCUCAUUGACUUCGAAUACAGCAGCUAUAACUACCGAGGAUUUGACAUUGGAAAUCACUUCUGUGAAUGGAUGUAUGAUUACACCUAUGAGAAGUACCCAUUCUUCAAAGCCAGUGUUUUUAAAUAUCCUUCAAAGCAGCAACAGCUUCACUUUAUCUCCAGUUACCUUUCUACAUUCCAUGACGGCUUUGAAAAUCUGAGCAAUGAAGAGAAGUCCAAACUAGAAGAAGAGGUGGUGAUAGAAGUUAACAGGUUUGCCCUUGCAUCACACUUCUUCUGGGGUCUGUGGUCCAUCAUACAAGCAAAGAUCUCAUCCAUUGAGUUUGGUUACCUGGAAUAUGCAUUAUCCAGAUUUGAUGCAUACUUUGAUCAGAAGAGGAAGCUGAAAGUGUGAACGUGGGAGGAGUGGCCUGUUGGUUACUGUAUGAAGAGGGCAGCUGGACAGAACUUACACUGUGCUUAGGCUACUGUAUCUCUAGUGAAGGUGUCACUGAAUUCCAGUUCCUUGGAACACAGGUGUACAGGAAUGAAGACUGUAUAAAAAUGACUUGUUUACAGUUGCAUAAAUACUUGGAAUGAGAUUGGGAGGUAAAAUACAACAGUGCAAUAUCUUUAAGUCUUUUUGAUCUAGAAGGUAUUUUAUAUUAGGGAAAAAGCUUA